AUGCAAAGCCCGGCCGCCUCAAUCGUGCUCUCCCUCUAUCUACGAUCCAACUUCUAUGUUGUUUCUUUCUCUACGAACACAAAUCUCCGACAUCGGCGACGAAUCGGCAAGUUUCUGAGGAAGGAGAGACGGCUGGAUGGCUAUCUACUCCUUUUCCCUUACAUAGUCCUCCUCCUCUUCCUGCUUUUUGACAGCACCGGAGAAGAAGCGGUUAAUGAUGCACCCAGGAACAAUGAGCAUGCUGUUCAGGACCCAGAAGAGGAUUCUGAGUUCAACGGAACCUGUUUAUCAUCAUUGACGCUGCUGACGUAAGCUAUCGUUCAGGAAUGCAGACUAAAACCCAACCGUCAAACAGCUCCACAGCAUAAUGGUUCUUUGUUUUGGUGAUUCAGAGAAUUCAUGUUGCGAAUGAAGGAAAGGGAGAAGAAUCUCCUCUCUUUCUUUCUCCGAGUUCGUUUCGCCUGGAACACCUCUUUUUAUGUCAAUGUUCUGCACCCGGUAGAGAUGGAGUCACUAAUGUAGUUAAAGGGAUGGAGAGAAACAAAAAGGUGUUGAUGAAAUGGAACUUGAUCUCAAAGCUCUCUAGGAACAAGCUCCUCUCGGUUGGUGGUGUUAAAAGCUUUAUAUAAUGAGAGGAUAAAAGUGCUGGACCAGUUGUCUCAUCUACAGGCUGGUUGUUCCUUCAUUCUAGGUCCGAGUACUAUAUCCUGUUAUCGAAUUCGUUGACUUGGCCACCGCCAUUGCCUGAUUUGAGGAAUGAACAGACUUCAGCCUAGCCAUGGUUCACUUGGUCAAUGGCAUGCCUGAAUUAACAGAUUCACUUCCGAGAUUCUGUUUCUGUGCUAAACUCUUGAAGUUUAGCAUGCUUUAUGCGACAUGGUGGAUGGAACUGUAUGUUCAUGCUUAGAUUUCAAGAUUGCUAGAAUGCUGGGUAUAUUCUGUUCGAUAGUCAUGUUGCAUGCAUGAUCAGUACUUUCAUUUCAUAGUAUAAAUGUGUUGAGAAAGGGAAAGCAAAAUUGGUGGUUUGUUGUGUUCAUCUUACCAUGUCUCUCUCUUUUCGAUUGUCCCUCCCAGCUGAAAUGUCCAUUUUUACUGUGUCACACACCUGUGUUCUGUCUAGGUUUCCCCUCAUCUCUCCCUGCUAUACAGAUCUGGAUAAAUAAAUGGCAAAUGGAUC